AUCAACCUCAUCAAUUAGAAUUUUAUAUUUUCACCCAAAACUAAAUUAAACAAAAACUUUGAAUCUGAACCAUCUGAUUUCCUGUCAACGCUUCAUAACCGCACGAUUUUCUUCCAAAAUUGCUUUGAUCACUGGUCUCUUUACUAAUUUCAUAAUUUCAUUUCAACAACCAAAAAAAAAUAAAAAUAUUUAUUUAAGAAAUUCAGACACUAACUUCGUUUCGUCGUUCUUCAAUUCUCUCUCCUCAAAAAUCAGUCAAGAUGCUUCAAUUCUCACUUCAACGAGCGAAAAACAUGAAAUUGUUGCGACCUCAAUUGUUUGCUCUCAAGUAUUCGACUGCAACUAAAGCAUCUAGUCAGCAUCCCAAACCUUCGAGGACUCCUUUACUGAUUGGAGGCAAGUUUGUUGAGUCCCAAGCAGCUGAAUCAAUUGAUGUUCUAAAUCCGGCAACUCAAGAAGUUGUCUCUCAAGUUCCAUUGACAACAAAAGAGGAGUUCAAAGCUGCAGUAUCUGCAGCGAAACAUGCUUUUCCGUCAUGGAGAAACACACCUGUUACAACUCGUCAGCGCAUAAUGUUCAAGUUACAAGAACUUAUCAGGAGAGAUAUGGAUAAGCUCGCCUUGAAUAUUACCACUGAACAAGGAAAAACACUUAAAGAUGCCCAAGGCGAUGUUUUUCGUGGAUUAGAGGUGGUGGAACAUGUAUGCGGCAUGGGGACUCUUCAAAUGGGAGAAUAUGUUUCCAAUGUUUCACAUGGUAUUGAUACUUACAGCAUUAGAGAACCUCUUGGUGUUUGUGCUGGCAUAUGUCCCUUUAACUUUCCUGCAAUGGUCCCUUUAUGGAUGCUUCCAGUGGCCAUCACUUCUGGCAAUACCUUCAUUUUAAAACCAUCAGAAAAAGACCCAGGGGCUUCUGUUAUGCUAGCCGAGUUGGCUAUGGAAGCAGGUUUACCUGAUGGUGUCUUAAAUAUUGUUCAUGGAACUCAUGACAUUGUCAAUUCUGUAUGUGAUGAUGACGAUAUUCGAGCCAUAUCAUUUGUUGGUUCUAAUAAUGCUGGCAUGCAUAUUUAUGGAAGAGCAUCAGCUAAAGGAAAGCGCGUUCAGUCUAACAUGGGUGCCAAGAAUCAUGCCAUUGUCUUGCCUGAUGCAAAUAUUGAUGCAACCACAAAUGCACUUAUUGCUGCUGGAUUUGGUGCUGCGGGUCAGAGGUGCAUGGCUUUAUCCACUGUGGUCUUCGUUGGAGACUUAAAGACAUGGGAAAACAAGUUGGUCAAGGCUGCCAAAGCACUAAAAGUGAAUGUGGGAACAGCACCUGAUGCUGACCUUGGUCCAGUCAUAAGCAAGCAGGCAAAGGAACGAAUAUGCAACUUAAUCCAAAGCGGGGUUCAAUCUGGAGGAAGACUAGUACUAGAUGGAAGAAAUAUUGUGGUUCCUGGAUAUGAGAAUGGAAAUUUUGUAGGUCCUACUAUCCUCUCUGAUGUCACAGCUGAAAUGGAGUGUUAUAAGGAAGAGAUUUUUGGACCAGUACUUCUUUGCAUGCAGGCUGACAGUUUGGAAGAAGCCAUAAGCAUUGUUAACAAAAACCAGUAUGGAAAUGGAGCAUCCAUUUUUACCUCAUCAGGAGCCGCUGCAAGGAAAUUCCAAACUGAAAUUGAGGCUGGGCAGGUUGGCAUUAACGUUCCAAUUCCUGUUCCUCUUCCAUUCUUCUCAUUUACCGGCAGCAAGGCAUCAUUUGCAGGCGACCUCAAUUUCUAUGGAAAAGCUGGAGUUCAGUUUUAUACCCAGCUGAAGACAGUGACUCAGCAAUGGAAAGAUUUACCAAGUGGUCUCUCUCUAGCUAUGCCAACUUCACAAAAGGCAUAAUGAACUUUUCUUGAAUAACAUUAUGUAAAACAUUUCAAGAAUUUAAUGCAAAAGCCCUUUCUGUUAUCUUAUUGCAA